AAAUCCACCAAUUCCACCAAUUCCACCAAAUCAACACAAACAAUCCUCCAUAUCCGCCGAGCUUGUUUCACCCCCUGCUUAUCCUUUCUAUCAAUUUACGGUCCUCGAUUAUUGGGAUUGAGUCUCCAAUUCUUGGAAACGAGGUUUUCCACUUCUUGACCCCGCUCCGUCAUAUGAUCACAAGCCAGACAGACGGUGAUGUGUCCUGAUAUCAAUUCUCUGCCUGCUUCCCCAUCGCCUCAUACCCAUACCCGUACUUCCUCUUCCCCGCAUCGCCAACGGGCUGUGUACGACCCCUUGCAUCUGCAAAAUUCUCCGUCGGGUUUCUCCUUUCUCAGCCUGGCCACCAUGAAUAAUAGUCCUAACAGCCACUUGGGCGAUCCCAAUCACGCCGUUGCCACUGACCUGCCUCAUCGGCCUGCUCCGAUUUCCAGUACUCGUUCGGGAAUCGCAGGUCCGGAACGACGCAGGUCCGCCGCCGGGUCCAACUCAAUUUUGAACAGCAACAACAACAGCAGCAGCAACAGGAAUGGCAACGCUAGUGAGUCGGUGUCGGGCGAAUCCCCGCUUGCCCCUCACGACCAUCGCUCCUCGUUGAGCCACAAUGCACUGCGUACCUCUAGUUCCUCCAGUCUCGGGGGUAGUCCAAUCAUCGCCUUGGGGGACCCGCAUCACCAGCGCGCGCCCUCGUUGGGGGAACUCCAUCAGGAAUUAGAACAGGAGCAGGAAGCACAGGUGAAUCGACUGCUGCAGAUGAUCCGCAGCCAGCAGACUCAAUUGCACCAACUCCAGCAACAGCACCAGCUGUCGCACCCGUCGUCCGGCACGGCAGUGGUCGACGACGCUGCCGUCCCCUUUCCCCCGGUUCCUCCGCACCCCGCCUCCGGUAGUCGGGCAUCGACCCAAUUAGCGUCCUCUCUGUCGAGUCGGCGCCCCUCCCGGCCCUCCAGUCAAGCCGGCUCACCCAGCCUGCGUCCCCACGCUGAUUCGUCACGCGGCCCGGAGGGACUGGAGUGGGUUGGAGGCAUCGGGGAGAGCCCUGUCCGGCGGGGAAGCAGGGAUGAAAGUGCAUUCUACCAGGCUGAGGCGGCUAUGCUGACCCGGGAGAAUCAGAUGCUGCGACAGCGCAUUCGCGAGCUGGAACGCCAAGUCAGCGAGCUCACUGUUGGUGCCCAACCACUUCAACGUUCUGCACUCUCUGGCAGCCAGGACACCGACAAUGCCGGCGUCCAGGAACCCGCGGGACGAGGAUCGGCAAGCGACUUGUCGGACAAGACAUGACUGACUUUGGGCCACAUGGGAACACAUUCUGCCUCCUUCUCCUCCUGGCAUAAAGUUUAAGGAUGACCCUCCAGAUCGGCGGUGAUCGGCACAUUCUUCUGAUCUUUACCGGACGGCACUGACAACGAUAACUACCCGAUUAGCCGACCAGCGCCGCGGAGCAGAAAAUGGUAUAAAGUGUCUAUUCACCCGGUCCGAUCAUUCAAUACAUACCCCUUCUCUCUUUCCUACGCGGUGGAUACCAACUCGCCAAGCGUUUCCCUUCUUUUUCUCUUCAUGCAUUGUACAUAAGUACACCUAAUGACCUAAUGUACACAGCGAAUCCCGGCGUUGAAUGAUAAUGAAGCCAGUCACUGGCCUGUGG